AUGAAAUAUAUAAAAUUGCCUAAUAUAUAUGAUAGCCAUAUGAUGAUGCAGUACAAAGGAGCAGCCUUUGGUGAAUUGAGCCCCCUCCCUUUUGCUGUUGCAGAUGCAGCACAUAGGUACAUUUCAAAUCCAGUUCUAGAAGCAUCCUGUAAGGCGAAUACAAUCAGAAACAACAACCCAGUCAUAUCGGUAAAUUUGUGGAGAUUCAAUUUGACCAGAGAGGAAGGAUUUUAGGAGCUGCUAUCAGAACUUACCUGCUGGAAAAAUUUCGUGUUUGUUUAGUGUCCGAUCCUGAAUGGAACUAUCAAUACUUCUACAUGCUUUGCACUGCACCACCUGUGGUAACAAGUCUUUAUUUGCUUCACCAAGACUUAAUAAAAAAGACUAAAUAGAUGCUUGUAGAGGAUUACAUUUUUUAGAUAUAUAUUUUUUAAAUUUUUUUAGCUUAACAUAGAAUUUUCAUUCUUAGUUAUCACAUGGUACAUGGGAAAGUGAUGCCCAAAAAAAUAUAUGUAGCCGACCCCAAUGCUUUCCCUUUCUACUUAUAUUGAUUUAACAUAUUAAUCCUAUGGUGUGUAGCUUGUGGAGUCUUGGUAAUAUUCAAUAUUCAAGGGGACAAAAUUGGUUGUCUUUGUAGAUUCACAUUCUAUAGCAGCUGGUAUUACAGUUGGUCCUGAGGUUAUUCCUGAUAAGAAUGUCAAAUUGCAAUUAUUCACUGUCCACUGCUUUCAUUGGUUUUUAGCGUAGCAUUUUCUUUGUUCUUCCUAAUGAAAAAUAGCAACUCAUGGCUAGCAGGUGAACUACAGAUUGAUUUUUUGUCCACUUGCAGCUUUGUUCAGUCUCAUUCGUGGCUUAGAAUGCUAUGAUGUGGGGGGUUGGGUCCUAAAAGACGUUUGUAGCCUUAUUUGGACUCCAAAUUUACUUUUAUGGGGUCUAGUAUAAAUCCUUUCUUUGAGGAACUUUUCUUUUCUGUGUGUUUUUUCUGCAUGUUGAAAGGGAGAGUAGUAAGUUGGGAUGAAGAUUUUGAGCCGUGGACAGCUAAUGUAGGGCAUGUGAAGAGACACUCUGCUACAUGGAAUGGUGUUGGAGAGUACUCCAAAACCGGUGCUAGAGCCUCCCAAUCAUAGAUGUAUUGUGGGCUUAGAUUAAAUAAAUAUUGUAGAUCAAGGAACUUAGUAUGUGGAAUAAAGGAUUGAGAUUGGCUAGGUUUUUUGAGGUGGUUAGUUCAAGAAAUUAAUGGCAGUUCUGAUACUGUACUUUGUAGACAGUAGCUAUGUUGGCAUGUUGGGUGCUAAAAAAUGAUUAAUGCAUAUAGAAGUUAGGCUAAUUAAAGAUUGAUAAGUGCAUUGCUCCAGAGAUGAGGCUUGUCAAGGUAGGAUUUCUAAUGUUGUGAAGAGUCACUACCAAGGUCCGGUUGCAGGAUGAUGAAGUGCGGAAAUUAGGGAAAUGGGGGAUAAGAAGCAAAAAGAUAAGGUAGAGGCAGAUAGGCAUCACAUAUCUAUACUCUUAGGGAUCUUGCCUAGGUUUAUAAUCUCCUCACAUAAUCCCAAGAGAGCUUCUAAAAGUAAUAUGAAUUGAGCUUGAAAGGGAACAUAUGUAUAGAUACCAGGCAUCUUCACUCAAAUUAGGACCCUGGAAUCUAAACCUUAAAAAAUUGACUUGUGAGAUCCAUUUAAACUUGUAAGAGUCCACAUAUGACAGCCCAAUAAUAUAACUUGAACAAACUGUUAUCCAGUACCACCAUGAAAGUCCAUCUCCAAAAGAGUUGAAACAAUGAAAUGCCUUUAAUCUCUAAUAUUUUUCCAAAUGUAAAAUUGAUGAACAUUGACAAUCUUCACUUAAAAAUAGAAGUUCGAUUUUGUGAACCCAACAUUGGAUUAUGCAUGGUUUAGAUAGCUCUAAGUUGAAGGAAUUUAGGGGAGAGUCAAAUGCUUUAGUUAAGAAAAUUCUGCAUUAACAAGAAACGUAGUUAUUAUAAUUUUGAUGUGACCUUUUGCAAACACUCUCUCUCUCUCUCUCUCUAAAUUUGGGGGAUGGUAGUUCCACCAUGUGUGUGAGUGAGGGAAAGAAAAGAUGUGGGGUGUUUGGCUUCAGGGCUAUUCUUAUUCAAUAAAUAAACUAAUUAGGAAAUUGGUACGACAUUGAACUGGCAUGGUGUCGCUUUGUCAAUAUGCAAAUGUUAUCAAUUUUGAAAUGUUGAGUUAUGGCUAGAGAACAAAUCCGAAUGUUAGGGGAUGUCGUUGUAGUUCACCAAUUUUUAAAUUGGAUCAUUUUUUUGGCUUUUUUUUUUUU